AUGGGAAAGGUAAGCCGGAUUAUUUUUUACGAGGACAAGAACUUCCAGGGCCAGUGCUAUGAGUGCAGCACUGACUGUUCAGAUCUGCAUUCAUUCUUUAGCCGAUGUAACUCUAUCCGAGUGGAAAGUGGUUGCUGGGUGCUUUACGAGAAAGCAAGUUACACUGGAUAUCAAUACAUUCUGACCAGGGGAGAGUAUCCAGAUUAUCAGCACUGGAACGGCUAUAAUGACAGUAUUAAAUCAUGCCGUCUCAUUCGCCAUGCUACUGGUGGUUUAUACAAAAUUAGAAUCUACGAAAGGGCAGAGUUUGGUGGACAAAUGGUGGAACUGACCGAGGAUUGCCCCUCUAUUCAUGAUCGCUUCCCUUACCGUGAACUGCAAUCCUGCCAAGUGAUGGAAGGUGCUUGGGCCUUCUAUGAGCACCCGAAUUACAGAGGGAGACAGUACCUGCUUGAGAGAGGAGAAUACAGGCACUACAGUGACUGGGGUGCGAGCUUUCCCACUGUGGGAUCUUGCCGUCGCAUUAUGGAGUUCUAG